CCUAGUUUGAGAGCAGCCUGGACCUUUGGAAGGUGGAAGGCAGUAGAUGGCAACACCUGGAUCUCCUCUCAUUGCCACCCCUUCAAGCCUGAACCUGAGCCAUCUGUCCAUGGGACUGAGGUCCCCAAGCGCAGGGCUCCCUGGACAGGCGUGAGGAGGAAGUGGAGAAAGCGCACGGGACGCGUGGAACCAGCUCCAAACACCAGCCGGAGCGCUCCCGAGGCCACCCUCCCUCCCGAGGAUGCUGACCAGCUGACCACGGGCCAGCGGCUCCCCCGGUCACAGCCGGGGAGCUUCACAGGCAAUGCCCUCACGGCCUCCUCAAGUUACAGGGGGCAUAACAAGGGGCCAGAGGAGGAACUGAAAAUCCCCGGGAUGAGACGGGCUAGGCGCCUUGCCUGGGAGCCCGAUAGUGUGCCCGGGGUCCACCAUGCCAGCCAGCCUUCAUCCACCCUGGAGGGCCAAGUCCUCCACCACUUGGUCCAGGAGGAGCACCUGGGACCCACGGUGGCAGAGCUGGAAGACCCACGGCACAGGCAGCUGGCUCCAGAGACAAAGGGAAGGCUGGCUUCGUGGCUACAGCGAGUCCAGGAGCUCUUUCAGACCCCUGUGCAGGAGCUACGGCCAGUUUCACCUGCUUCAGCCCCUGCAGAGCUGGAGGACAUCCAAGCAGAGGCCUCAGCUCCGAGGCAAGGCCCCAAGCUGGAGCCCCAGGAGCACUCAGGCCUGGGGCGCAGAGCAACUGCCAUAAUGGUACCAGGCCUUACAGAGCCAGAGCCAUGUCCAGACCCCAUGAGCCCCUGGGACAUCCCAGGAGUGGUCACAGCCCCGGUGCCAGGCCCCGAGCUGGAGCCCCAUGAGCCCUUGGGCCCGGGUCCCGGUGGCACCUGCAGGAAUGGCACUGGGCCUGUCAGAGCCAGAGGCGGACCCGGAGCCCACCAGCACCUGUGUCGCGAUCACCCGGGACGUGUGGAGGAAGGAGGAGUGGACCAUUCUGGCAUUUCCCCAUAGCCUGGUGGCCGAGCAGCUGACCCUGAUCUGUGCGUUCCGUGUCAUCCAAAGUGAGAUCACCAUGCAGAGGAAGCUGGCCAAGGUGUAUGACCUGGAGCCCGAUGAGCGCUUCCGGUGCUUUGCCCAGGCCGUGGAGCCCCUGGAUGAGGAGCAGAGCUACAGCCUGUCCUGCCAGCUGGAGCCCCCAGGCCAGGGGGCCGGCAGAAAGUGACUGUUCUUCAGGCCCCACAAGAUGUAAAUUUACCAGCCGGCCAGGGCCAGCUGCUGUCAUCGGGCCCUCGGCCCUGCUGGUGUCCUGGCUGCAUGUGGAGGAGAGCUUCUUCCCCUUCGGGCAGGCGGCACCUGGCGCCCCAGGACCCCAGUCUGCUUGCUGCUCCUCCUCCUCCCGCUGCUCAUCCUGAG